UUCGUGUGCUCCGACCUUUACAUGUAGGUCCAUAAUUACCUGUAGCACAUAACGUUGGAAAUAUUCUCUCCAUCUUUCGACAAAUAAAGUUCCGUAUGGCAGAUACCGGUAAAAGCAACAUCUGCGAAAAUGAACCAGCGAGUACCUAGAUUAGAUUACAGCAUGGGAGCGUAUACCCGUACAAACCUACCGAGAGCCUAAAAAUCUACCAACAAACGAGACACGACAGAGCAAAAGCAAAAUCCAAGGUAGCAGAACAACCAGUUUAGGUGGAAACGUCGUACUAAACGUUUGCCACAAGGGAUAGCAUUAUAGCAACCAGUUGUUGAUAAGAUUAUAUUCGACCUUUCCGAAAAGUGCACUGUGUUUAUGUAGGUUUCGUCCCACAGACAGAAUGACACAGCAUUGUCCAUUCAGCGUUAUGCAAUUGGCAUUAGCACUCUGCUUUUUCCGUGGGCUAUUAGCUUUUGCAGAUCCGGUAGUAAACAUAGAAAAUGGUCCUAUUUUCGGUGAGAAUCGUGGAGAGUACUAUGCGUUCGAAGGUAUUCCCUACGCGAAACCUCCCAUCGGUGACCGUCGGUUUGCUGCGUCGGUGCUUAAUGACGAAACAUGGAGUGAGCCACUAAACGCUACCAGCCUUGGACCAUACUGCAUGCAAUGGAGCCAUACGAUCGCGGGAAAGGAUAAGCUGUUCGGAGAGGAAGACUGUCUGUAUUUAAACAUCUACACUACCUCGCUAAACGAAACGAAUGGCUUGUCAACACUGUUUUACAUUCAUGGUGGUGCAUUUAUGUUCGGUGGUGGAGGAUUCUUUUCACCAGAGCAUGUCCUGCGCAAAUCGAUGAUCAUGGUCACGUUUAACUAUCGCGUCGGUCCGCUCGGGUUUCUCAGCACCGAAGACGAUGUUAUACCGGGCAAUUUUGGACUGAAAGACCAGGUAACGGCAUUACAGUGGGUAAAGCGUAACGUUCAUCAUUUCGGUGGCGAUCCAAACCGAAUUACCCUGGCAGGGUUUUCAGCUGGUGGUGCAAGCGUACAUCUGCAUUACCUGUCCCCAAUGUCGCGUGGGCUGUUCCAAAAUGGAAUUGCACACAGUGGUACCGCUCUGAAUCCAUGGGUAAUGGCUGAAGAUUCCACUCGCAAAGCCCACCAAAUUGCCAAGAAUAUCGGUUGUCCGGUAGAACAAUCGAGUCAAUCCAUACUUUCAUGUUUGCGUGACCGUGCGGCUGAAGACAUUGUCCGGCAGGUGCCUUUCUUGUUGGAUUAUUUAUACAAUCCUUUCUCACCGCUCGGGGUAGUGAUCGAGAAACAAAGCAAGCUCAAUCGUCGCCCUUUUCUAGUAGAACACCCGGCUGUAUUAUCGAGAAAGGGAAAGUUAACUAAAGUCCCGCUGAUAUUGUCCGUCACGCAAGGCGAAGGUUUAUAUCCUGGUGCGGAGUUUAUAAGCCAGCCAGGAUAUCUUCAAGACAUUGACUCGCGCUGGUAUGACUUAUUGCCGAGUAUUUUGGAUUACAAAACAGCUGUUCCUGACGUCAAAAAGCGAGACGAGUUAUCUAAAGCAAUUAGCGAGCGUUACUUCGGCAAAGAACGAAAGCUUUCGUUAGAUAAUUUUCGUGAUUUUGUGUCGAUUCUAUCGAAUCGUUUAUUCUUUGCGGGCGUCACCAAAACGGCAAAACUUCUGCAACCUCACCUUCCAGUUUACUUUUAUUAUUUCAACUUUAAGGCAGCGUACGGUAUCGGAGAGCUUUUAUCGGAAUCAAACCAAAACUACGGUGUCGCGCAUGGUGAAGACGUAUUUCUUGUAUUCCCAUCCAGCAUCCGGGAAAAGCACCCGCUGAAUAAAGAUGAGCUGCGAGUGGUGUCCAACUUUGUAAACCUCUACUACACCUUCUCGCAAGGACGGAAGCCCAAAUAUGGUGCCUAUGUACUUCCACUUCAAAACAUUACUGACAAACUCCAGUACAUGGAAGUGAAAGAAGCGGAUUGCGAAAUAUGUGGUCUACCGAAAACGGCAUAUGGUGUAAGCGAUGAACAAUUUUGGGACACAUUGGACUUUAACGAUGAACCACCUCGCAAAAUGGUUCAUCAUGAGCCUCACAAUGAGCUGUGAUGGGUCAUUACAUCAUCCGCUUUGGAACAUAGAACGCAUAGAACAUCCAUACGUUCUAGAACUAAGAAACGUCUUUGGCGAUAACGUUGACAUACGGAUGCAUAGGAUCCGUGAUGCAUAGGAUGAAGACACUGAAGUAACGACCAUCUUCUUAUCAAAUAAAAACACAUCAAUGGUGGCUGCAAA